AUAUGAUGAAAUGGGUAAUCGUGUUUAUAAUGUGGGUGUAUUGAUGGCUUCGCGUUUAGAUUCACCCUUUGACCUGGAGCGUUGUGGACCUGCUGUGGAUUUAGCUUUGGAUGCCAUUAACAAGGAAUUUCUGAGACCUCAUAACAUUACACUACGCAAGGUACAAGCAAGUUAUCCCUCAUGCUCGGGGGCCAAGGCUCCGGGUUUGGCAGCGGAUAUGCAUUUUAAGAAUGACGUGAUUGCUUUUGUGGGUCCUGCGUGUGCCUUUGCUCUGGAGCCGGUGGCACGAUUGGCUGCCUAUUGGAAUUCGCCCAUCAUUACUGGAAUGGGAGAUCAGCCUCCAUCGGAAGGUGAAUUGACUGUGACAUCUGGCAUACUGGGACGCAUACACAAAUGGAAAAACGAAAGUACUGGAAUGUUUAAAGACAAAACCAAAUAUCCCACAUUGACACGCAUGUCCUACUGCCAGUGCCGCUUGAAGUUAGUUUUUGCCAGCGUUUUUCGUCAAUUUAAUUGGAAGCAUGUUGCUCUACUGGUGGAUCGUUCAGAUUUAUUCUCGUUGACGGUGGGCAAAAAUCUCGAAUAUGGGCUAAGGCAGGAGGGCCUCUUAAGUUUUGUACGUGAGCUGAAUGGUAAUGAGCAGGAACAUUAUGACACCUACUUGAGGGAUGCCAGCAUGUAUGCGAGGGUGGUUAUUUUAUCCGUUCGUGGAACUUUGGUGAGAAAAUUCAUGUUGGCCGCCUACUCUUUGGGCAUGACCAAUGGGGAUUGGGUAUUUCUGGAUGUGGAAAUAUUUCAGAGUUCCUAUUGGGGCGAUCAUGAUUGGGAAAUGGGUGAUGCAGAUGACAGUCGUGCCCGUAAAGCCUAUGAAGCUUUAUUAAGGGUUUCCCUGUUGCAACCGUCCAGUCCCACAUAUCAAGGAUUUGCUGAUCAUGUCAAAGAAAUGGCUUACUUAAAUUACAACUACACUUUUGAGGAGGGAGAAGAGGUUAACUUUUUCAUUGGUGCUUUCUACGAUGGUGUCUAUUUGCUGGGGAUGGCCUUGAACGAGACCUUGAGUGAGGGCGAGGAUAUUCGCGAUGGCAUGGCUAUAACACGUCGCAUGUGGAAUCGAAAUUUCGAUGGCAUUACUGGUCAUGUACGAAUCGAUGAUAAUGGUGACCGUGAUGCUGAUUAUUCGAUAUUGGACUUGGAUCCCAUCAAUGGGAAAUUUGCUGUAGUUGCCCAUUAUUAUGGUUUGCAUAGAAAUUAUUCCGGUGUCCAUGGCAAAAAGAUACAUUGGCCUGGUGGCAAAGAAGGACCACCGCCUGAUAUACCAAAAUGUGGAUUUCUGGGCAAUUCUCCUAAAUGCCAUGGUAAUGAACUGAUCAUAAUGUAUGCUUUAUUUGCCUUGGCCAUAUUUGUGGGGUUUACCUUUCUGGUGGUAUAUCUGAUGUGCAAGCAAAUGAAGCUGAAUAAUGAGCUCAAUAACAUGUCCUGGAGAGUGAGACCUGAUGAUGUUUUAUUGGAAGUAGGCCGUUUAUAUGGCAGUAAGGUGGGAUUACAAAAACUAAAUGCAGAGAAUUUUUCCCUGCAACAAUAUGGCAUACACUCUGGCAGAGCUUCCAUAGCCAGCUGCACUUCAUUGCCCUUGACUCAAGUUUUUACCACCAUUGGCAUAUUCAAAGGUGAAAGGGUUGCCAUUAAGAAAAUCCAUAAAAAGAAGGUGGACAUAACUUCCACUCUCCUAUGGGAAAUAAAACAGGCUCGCGAUGUAAGUCACGAGAAUACUGUAAGAUUUGUAGGCUCCUGCAUUGAUUUGCCACGGCCAACGGUUUUGAUUUUGACCGAAUAUUGUCCCAAGGGUAGUUUGAAGGAUGUUUUGGAAAAUGAAGCCAUACAAUUGGAUUGGAAUUUUCGCAUGUCCCUAAUACAUGACAUAGUCAAGGGUAUGGCUUAUCUGCACAACAGCGAUGUUCAGGUUCAUGGAAAAUUGCGUUCCUGCAAUUGUUUGAUUGAUGGUCGAUUUGUAUUGAAAAUAUCCGAUUUUGGUUUACGCACUUUGACUACGCCCUCGGAAUUUGUUAAGGAUCAAAAUUAUUUCAAUAUUUGUAUUUGUGUAGAAUUUAUGUGGAUUGCUCCCGAGCUGUUGCCUUUGACUGUCUUCCCCGGAAAUCCGGCCACCCAAAAGGGUGAUGUCUAUUCAUUUGCCAUUAUUCUAGAGGAAAUUGUGGUGCGUGGUGGGCCCUAUGAGACUGCACGCCAGUUUAUGGAUAUACAAACCAUUUUGAAUAGAGUGGAGUCGCAUGAAAGUCCUCCCUUUCGUCCCUUUGUGGGUCAACGUGAUUGCCCGCCAGAUGUUUUGGAUUUAAUGGAGAAAUGUUGGGCAGACCAUCCGGAUGACAGACCGGCUUUCGCAGCCAUACGUUCCACAGUGAGAUUGAUAAUGAAAGGAUUUUGUGAAAAUCUCAUGGACGAUUUGUUGCGUCGCAUGGAGCAGUAUGCCAAUAACUUGGAGAGCCUGGUUGAGGAGAAAACCGAACAAUUGAGUAUUGAGAAGAAACGCACUGAGGAGUUGCUGUAUCAGGUUCUACCUCGUCCCGUGGCUACUCAAUUGUUGGCCGGCGAAAUGGUGCAACCUGAACAAUUUGAGUGUGUGACAAUUUAUUUCAGUGAUAUUGUCGGCUUUACUGCCCUCUGUGCUCAAAGUGGUCCCAUGGAGGUGGUGGAUUUUCUCAAUGAUCUCUACAGUACUUUUGAUCGGAUUAUUGGAUUCUAUGAUGUGUAUAAGGUGGAGACCAUUGGUGAUGCUUAUAUGGUGGUUUCCGGACUCCCAGAACGCAAUGCCGACAAUCAUGCCCGUGAGAUUGGUCUCAUGGCUUUGGCCAUAUUGGAUGCGGUGAAAAGCUUCAGCAUAAAACACAAACCGGAAUAUCAAUUGAAAAUACGCAUAGGCAUACAUUCGGGACCUGUGUGUGCAGGAGUGGUGGGUCAGAAAAUGCCACACUAUUGUCUAUUUGGAGAUACGGUGAAUACAGCUUCGCGCAUGGAAUCUACAGGAAUGCCUCUACGCAUUCAUGUCUCUUCGGCAGCCAAGGUCAUAUUUGACAAAUUUGGUACCUUUGAAAUGGAGCUGCGCGGUGAAGUUGAGGUCAAAGGUAAGGGCACAGUGACCACCUAUUGGCUAGUGGGUUGCUCUGAACCAGAUCCCCGGCCUCCUACACCGCAUAAAAAUAACAAUGAUGAUGUUCCUUUUCCCAUACUAUUUCCGGCCAUUGGAAAGUAAAUGUUUUAAAUAUGAUUUUAAGUAAUUUUUUUUUCCAUUUAUACUUGUCUUAGUUUAGUAUUCGCUUCAAUUUCAAUGUAUCUGUAUCUGUAACCUAGUAUACCAACCUUGUGCUUAAUCCCACUGUAGUUCAAUUAUAUCUGUAGGAAAUCUAUUUGAAUUUUUGAUUUAAAUGAUAGAGCGCACAUCUAUCCCAAAGUGA